CCUACCUCGCUGGGCGGCGCUGGCAGGAGGCGCUUGCCGCGUUUGGUUGUCGAGGCGGCUGGGCUGGGCUGGGCCGGUGGCGGGCGCGGGGCUGGCGGGAGCGGCUGCGGCUGCCCGGCGCGGUGCCCCGGCCCGGGGUGAGCAUGCUGCCCUAGUGCUGGGGCUAUGUCGGAGGCGGCCCGGAGCCUCCUGCAGCGCUGGGGCGCCAGCUUCAGGAAGGGCACCGACUUCGACUCCUGGGGGCAGCUGGUGGAGGCGAUCGACGAGUACCAGAUAUUAGCAAGGCAUCUACAGAAAGAGGCCCAGUCUCAGCACAACAAUUCGGAAUUCACAGAGGAUCAAAAGAAAACCAUAGCUAAAAUUGCAACAUGCUUGGAACUGAGAAGUGCAGCAUUACAGUCCACCCAAGCACAGGAUGAAUUUAAGCUUGAGGAUCUGAAGAAGUUGGAACCAAUCUUAAAGAAUAUCCUCACUUACAACAAGGAGUUCCCCUUUGAUGUUCAGCCUGUCCCACUCAGGAAGAUUUUAGCACCUGGAGAAGAGGAACACUUGGAGUUUGAGGAGGAUGAUGAGGAAGGAGGAGCUGGAGCAGGGUCUCCAGAUUCGUUUCCUGCUAGAGUUCCAGGUACUUUAUUACCCAGAUUGCCAUCUGAACCCGGGAUGACAUUACUCACCAUCAACAUAGAGAAAAUUGGUCUGAAAGAUGCUGGGCAGUGCAUUGAUCCUUACAUCACAGUCAGUGUAAAGGAUUUGAAUGGGAUAGAUCUGACUCCUGUGCAAGAUACUCCUGUGGCCUUGAGGAAGGAGGACACAUAUGUCCAUUUUAAUGUGGACAUUGAGAUUCAGAAACACAUUGAAAAACUAACAAAAGGUGCAGCUAUUUUCUUUGAAUUCAAACACUACAAGCCUAAGAAGAGGUUUACUAGCACCAAGUGCUUUGCUUUCAUGGAGAUGGAUGAAAUUAAACCUGGGGCAAUUGUCAUAGAACUGUACAAAAAACCCACUGACUUUAAAAGGAAGAAAUUGCAACUGUUGACCAAGAAACCACUUUACCUUCACCUCCAUCAAACGCUGCACAAGGAGUGACCCUAGCUGUGAGAUUUCUGUGAACUGAACCACCAGUCAUGGUAGCUGUGUGUAGUAGCCUUAGCCUUGGAGGGGCAGGGGAACACCUGUAUUGAUGCCAGUAGGUCAGACGGGACCAUCACACACUGCACAGCACUGCUCCAGGGGCAGAGGCAAGCCUCUCAUUCAAGUGCAAGAUUGUUUCAGUAUUUUCCAGCUAGAGGUUUUUCUGAGAGCCCUGAAAUAUGUUGACUGCUUUUCCUAAUUUUGCUGUUCAUCACUUCCUCCCUCCUCUCCCCCCCUUAACCAUUCCUCCCCUUUUGCCUCAGGCUCCACCCAAGGAUGGAGACUGCCCCUUUGCCAGACCUGUAGCAAUAAAGACAUGGCAGGCCUACUAGGUGUUUAUGCUUGCUGUGCUAUCGUAGUUCCUCUCAUCUGCAUUUCAGAGUCCUCCCUAGUGGGCUGGGUGGCAGGAGACCAGGAGGAAGAUGAAGUGGGAUGGGAAGAAGCUUGAGGUGCUGCAAGUGAUUUAAAGAGAGAGAG